AUGGUUUAGUGGCAGCGGCUUUGGCAUUAAGAGCUUGUUUCGUCGCAGCAACUGUCUUUAAUGGAUGCAUAAGAUUUGCGGAGGCUUUGGCGUAUGCGCGCUAGUGUUCAUCAUAAUGAGACACAGGCUAGCAAAUUACAGUGUUGGUUUUUAAGCAUUUCUGGAACGUUUUGGUAGUAUGGUUUUUAAUGUACUUGCUUGCUGAACACUUUCCUGUUCUUGUCUGGAUAAGUUAUAAACUCCUUGGAUUGAGUCCUAUCAGGAACAGGAAUUUGCAUAUUCUAUAUAAAGAAAACAGAUGAGUUAGUUCUCAUAUACGGAUGACUCUUUUCUGUUCUUAUAUGGAUAAAAUAUAAACUCCUUGGAUUGAUUCCUAUCAGAAACAGGAAUUUGCAUAUUCAUUCUAUGUAAAGAAGACAGAUCAGUUAGUUCUCACACAAGGAUGACUCUUUCAUAUACAUAAAACAAGAAUUUUGCAUUCAUCUAAUCCCUGGUUGCAGUGAACACAUGCAGACAUGGGAUUAAAGAAGGUCGACAUGAAGAGAAUAAGCAACAAGAACGCCCUCAAGGCCACCUUCACGAAGAGGCGACAAUAUCUGUUUCGAAAAGCCAAUGAGCUUUGCUCCAAAACUGGUGCCCAAAUCGCCAUUAUUACCUUCUCACCGGGUGACAAUCCGUCCACAUUUGGUCACCCUUCAGCAAAUUCCGUCAUAGAUAGAUAUUAUUAUCCCGGCAAACAAGUACCGGACGACGAAGAGAGUGGCGGUCGUGGCAGUGUCAUUGAUGAGGGAGAUGAGAAGGCCAAGUCGUGGUUGGAUAAACCCAUUGAAGGAAUGGGACUAGACGAACUUAGGGAGUAUGCGCGGUGGGUUGAAAAUGAAUUAGAAGACACGGAGAUGAGAAGAUCAUACACCAAAGACCUUCUGGGUUUGAAUUGGAGACCGGAUCCGGAGAUAGAUGAGAUGAGGAUGAGAGAGUCACGUACAAAGAACUUUCUGGCUAAUUGGGUAUGAACUUGCAUUCGAUCCUUCUUUUCUUUUCUUGUCUGAAUA